AUGAGCAUGACACGCACUAUCAAAGAGAAAGCCCUUGCGGUAGUCAAAGAUGGAGAAGCGCCCGUUCGUUCCAGCAAACUGCCGCCUUUCGUACGCUUCCCACUGGUACUCCUACUUAGUCUCACACUCUCGAGCUUGCUUCAUAGCCUGAGUGCGCCAUAUACGGGAUUAGAGCUUGCGGCUGUGAGUAGGAAAUUGGUGCGCUGGGAGGAAGUGGUGGGUUUAGUGGGGUGGAGGGGAAUCGAGCUUGCGCUGGGAUGGUGGGGUGGUUAUGAUGGCUAUGAUCUUGCGGCGUUAAGUCUGCUUUCUCAUGGUCCUCCUAUGUACCUGCUCAGCACAUUCUACUCCAUCCGCACCACUACAGUGCUGAACUCCCUCCUAAUCGACGUCCUGACAACCUACAUCCCCUUCCGCCUUCUGCGCUCCCUCUCGCCUGCUCACACCGCAUCCUCCUACUCCAAUUCAUCUGUCCCCAACCGCGAACUCCUCACCGAUACUACAGUUCAAGCCGUCACCACACUCCUCGCAGCUUCGAUCUACAGCGUGACGCUCUACAGCGCGUACGUUACAUUCCUGCCGCGUUAUCUAGCUACGUAUUUCGAGGGGAUCCCGACGAUUGAGAAAGCGUAUACGGCGACGCCGUUUACAUUAUUGCCGUUAUCGUUGGUGUUUGGGUUGGCAGCGAAGAGCUUUAUUUUUACGCCUGCUGCUGUCAUUGUGGAUAAAAGGCCAAAGGAGUUUGAACCGAGCAAGGCGAGCUUGGGGGAGACGCUGAGGUGGAAUGUUUGGGGGUAUGGUGACAAGACGAAGGUGGUGAUUGAGAGGACGGCUGCGCUGGUACUGGUUAGUGGUGUCAAUACGUUUGUUCAGUCUUGGGUCACGAUAGAGGGCGUUGAGGCGUUGGGGGCAGCGGCUUAUGCAGGAAUUUGGGUUGUUGCUCCUGCGAUUUCUGGUGUUGCAUUGGGGAUUGUUGGAGCUGUAUGA